AGUGGGCGGCCGCGCGCCGCCACCUGCGCCAGGCGGGCGGCCUGCUUGGGCAGCGCCAGAGCCGUCACGGUCCGUUUCGGGCCGGCCUGUGUGCGUUCAUGCUGGCCGCAGCUGCAGCCCGGGGCUGCGGGAGGCAGAGGCGCGGGGUGCGGGCUGCAGCCGGCGGGUGUCCGCCGCCCGCCUCUCACCGCGGGCACCUCGGCUGGCGCUCUGCUCUCCCAUGCCCGAUGCCAGCUUUCUGAGCUUGAUCUCUUGGUCUCGUCCGAGCUUCCUACUGUCGCGGUGUGAAGGUAACCAGAGGCUGAGGCAGUUGCUGAGGAGAGAGGGCUGGAGAUGCUCUAGGCGAAGCAGCCGGUGCUGAGGAGCGCGCCACCGCAGAGCCUGAUUUGCCGAGAAGAGAGUGAGCCAUGGAUCAGAACAACAGCCUGCCGCCCUACGCGCAGGGCCUGGCCUCCCCUCAGGGCGCCAUGACUCCUGGGAUCCCUAUCUUCAGUCCAAUGAUGCCUUAUGGCACGGGACUGACUCCUCAGCCUAUUCAGAACACCAACAGCCUGUCACUUCUGGAGGAGCAGCAAAGGCAGCAGCAGCAGCAGCAGCAACAGCAGCAGCAGCAGCAGCAGCAACAGCAGCAGCAGCAGCAGCAGCAGCCGCCAGCAGCGGUGACGGGGGUUCAGCAGGCGACCGCCCAGCAGGCGACACAGGGGCCGUCAGGCCAGACGCCACAGCUCUUCCACUCUCAGACUCUGACCACUGCCCCCUUGCCAGGCACUACGCCCCUGUACCCCUCCCCCAUGACCCCCAUGACCCCCAUCACGCCUGCCACGCCGGCCUCGGAGAGCUCCGGGAUCGUGCCGCAGCUGCAAAAUAUUGUGUCCACAGUGAAUCUGGGCUGUAAGCUCGACCUAAAGACCAUUGCACUUCGUGCCCGAAACGCUGAAUAUAACCCCAAGGUCAGAGCAGCUUUGAUGUCUUUACCGCGCCACGCCAGUGCCGUGGUGUUUGCCCGUUUGUCGAUACCAGCGAAGUGUGUGUCUCUCCCCUGGCAUCUGCCCCUGCGGGGGGCGGGCAGGGCCGUCUCCCCACAGCUUGGGUUCCGCUCACCGAGCCGAGUGGGCAGGAGGCCUCCGUCUGCGGCCCUGGAGCCUGGGUCCCCCGAUCGGAUUCGCGGGGUUCCGCUUCCCCGUCUGUGGCGCUUGCGGCUGGGCCAGGCGUUCCCUUAUGGGAACUCCCGAUCCCCGAUUCUCCCCAGUUACCUUCCUCCUAGCGAGUCCAGGGUGUUCUCGGGGGUGAAGCUCGCAGCAGCUGGCUUUGUACAUCACUAUCUCACCUUUUCUCUCCAUAGUGAGGAACAGUCUAGACUAGCAGCAAGGAAAUAUGCCAGAGUUGUACAGAAGUUGGGCUUCCCGGCCAAGUUCUUGGACUUCAAGAUCCAGAACAUGGUGGGGAGCUGUGACGUGAAGUUCCCGAUCCGGCUGGAAGGCCUGGUGCUCACCCACCAGCAGUUCAGCAGUUAUGAACCUGAGUUAUUUCCUGGUUUAAUCUACAGAAUGAUCAAGCCCAGAAUUGUUCUCCUUAUUUUUGUUUCUGGAAAAGUUGUGUUAACAGGCGCGAAAGUCCGAGCAGAGAUCUACGAAGCAUUCGAGAACAUCUACCCUAUUCUGAAAGGCUUCCGGAAGACGACGUAGUGCCGGCCGCCGCCGGCCUCCCGCCCGCUCGGGUCCCUCUCAGGAGGCAGAGCUCGCCCCCCCGGGCCGCAGGCCAGGUGCUGCUCGUGCCACCUCGGGCCAGACCCGCCGUGGCAGAGCUGGGUGUCGGACGAGGUCUGUGGCGGAGGCCGGGCGCUGCCCGCCCAGCGCUGCCCCCUCCCUGCGCGGCCAGGACCCUCCCAGGAAGCAGGUGGGGUGCUGAGUUCUGGCUGGCGCAGGCAGCAGGCGUCAGCCCUCGAGGCAGCGCACUGGCUGGGCCGGCACUGCCGGGGCGCUCGGGAGGGGGUGGGGGCAAACCGCCAGGCCCACCCUGUGCCUUGGCGGGUGUCGGCUCAGACGCCCCACCCCCAGGAGGGCGAGGCUGGGCUCCCUGCGCCGGCCAGCUGCACUCACCUGCCAGGGCCGUGCCUGCACUGCCGCGAAGGUGUGCAGGUGCUGCAGGUCCCCCAGCGUGGCCUGCUCCCACCGGACAGCAGUGGCCAGCAGCAUCGCCCGCGUCAUGCAGCCACUUUCCUGCGCCAACUGAAGUGCUUGGCUCAUGGUGCAGGACACUGGCUGCGUGUCCGGCCCCACUGCACCUCCAUUCCUGAAGAGGGGUGCUCAGUGCAUUCCUGCCUCCGCGUCUGCAGCCCCUGGGAGCGUCCUCGCAG